GAACAAAGGUCUAUAAUCAUGGUCACCAACGAUCUCUACUCUGUCUCAGGUGGCUAUCAGCACACUGAGGAUGGUUUCCCUUUGCAAGACGUGGACACUCCACAGAACCACGACACCCUAUACGCUGUAGUCCACAAACCGAACAGAGGUCACCAGGUGAACCCUAGGACAGACCCGGAUGUUCUAAUGCAAACAGGAUGUGACAGACCCGUCCAGAGACAGAUCUACGAUAAUGUUGCUGCAGACAAAGGCAAUGUUCUCCCACCACCUAUCGUGGGUACUCCCUCUCAGAGUUGUAGCGACGAACCACAGGAUGGCGAUGUUUACUACAGUUAUUGCCACUAACAUUGGCUGCCUCGUGAAGACCUGUGUCAUCAAUGUCUUGCUUUCUCAUCACAGCAAGAAAUGUUUCCAUCAUAAAAUACAGUUAAAUUUAAUUUUAGUCACAAGAAUACGGACAAAUAACAUCUUGUUAUAUUAAUACUUUAGAGGCAUAAAGAAAGAGCAACAGAAUUAGAAGUACGUGUAUGUUCUGAAAUUACACUAAAGAAAUGAAAAAAUGAGUGCUAGAAAGGUUUAUGAGGCAAAAAAUAAAUGGCGAUCUUUUCGCUGAGAUUGUCUAAAAUGGUAUGAAAAGGAAAAAUGUGAGAAGAUAUGGAAUAGAAGAAAAGAUGAUUGAUGUGAAUUAUGUAUGAGAGUUCAUAAUGAGCACGUGCUUUAUAUCUGUGUAUACAUGAAGGUUACAAUGUUCCUAUGUAUGUAUACAAAUACAAUGCAA